UUAAAAUGAAUCAAUAUAUAAAAAAAGCUUUAGACGGCGGUUACAUAAAUUCAAUAGAUUACGACUCAUUUUCUGAUAUCGAAGAAAUUAAGCAAGGAAUAAAAAGUAAAGUUUUCAAAGCCUACUGGAAACAUUCUGGUCAAAUUGUUGCAUUAAAAACUUUCGAUAUUUACCCUGUGGGAAAUGAUUGUUCUUCAUUUGAAGAAUUUAUUCAUAAAGUGAGUUUAUUAGACUCUGUUUAA